UCGUAUUGGAAGAAAAAUAAAUAAAAAAAAAAAUUGAAUGAAAAUAAAAGAAACUUAUGAGUAUUAUGCAGGAGAAAAUUGAUAAAAUUCAAAACUUUAAAGAAGAACUAUCCUUUUGCGAAUUUUGUUUAUCCAAUAAUUGUAAAUGUAAUGUUACAAUAUUUAAUAUAUACAAGUUUUUGUUUGAUGAUUUGAACAACAACAAGGAUUUGCCUGAUUCUUCCGUUUCAUGUAAUUACCGAAUUGACGCAUCUAAAGACUCGUACAUUGAUUGUUGCUUUAACUGUCCAAAAGAAUUAGAACAAAAAGUUGAGUUUUAUAAGUUUGAGGAAGGUAGAAAAGAAGAAGCGACAAAUGUGCGAAAUUAUUAUUUGCCUUUGCACCGGUCUAUGUCAGUAUCAAGUAGUGAAAGUCAACCUUCGUGCGGUAAUAAUAUGGGAGCUUCAAGUAUUAUCACUAGCUCGCUGGAAACUAUCACAUCAGAUGUUCAGGUUUUGAAAACGUGCUGCGUUUGUGGAGAUAUUGCAGCUUGUCAGCAUUAUGGAGUUCGAACCUGUGAGGGCUGUAAAGGGUUUUUCAAAAGAACCGUUCAAAAAGGAUCAACAUAUUUGUGCUUGGGCAAUAAAAAUUGUCCUGUUGAUAAACGACGUCGAAAUAGAUGCCAGUUUUGUCGUUUUCAAAAGUGUCUCCUCGUAGGGAUGGUGAAAGAAGUUGUAAGGACCGACUCUUUGAAAGGUCGCCGAGGUCGAUUACCUUCGAAGCCACGGUCACCUCAUAAAUCUCCUCCAAGUCCUCCAAUAUCGCUCGUUACAGCUUUAGUUAGAGCUUUAGUUGACACAACCCCCGACAUUACCAAUUUAGAUUAUAAAAAUUACAAUGACGGAGUCGAGAUUUUUCUUAAUGAAGCCGAGCAGGUACAACAAUUUUAUUCGAUUUUAGUAACGAGUAUCGACGUUAUCAGGAUUAUGGCAGAUAAAAUACCAGGCUUCGCAAACAUCAACAAGGAGGAUCAAGACCUUUUAUUCCAAUCUGCAGCAUUAGAAUUAUUUGUUUUACGUCUGGCUUAUAGAAUACAACAUAAUGAUGUUAAAUUAAUAUUUUGCAAUGGUAUGGUGCUUCACAAGAAACAAUGUGAAAAGUCAUUUGGUGAAUGGUUGUCUGCAAUCUACGAAUUUAGUAAAAACUUACAUGAAGUGGAAGUAGAUAUUUCUGCCUUUUCCUGUUUGUGUGCUUUAGUGUUAAUUACAGAGAGACAUGGUCUUAAAAAUCUCCAAGAAGUCGAAAAUUUACAACAAAAAAUCAUAAACAGCUUGAAGGAUCAUGUAACUUACAACAAUUUAGCACAAAAGAAGCCUCAUUAUUUUAGCAAAUUACUUGGCAAACUUUCUGAACUACGCACGUUGAGCGUACAAGGGCUGCAAAGAAUAUUUUAUUUAAAAUUAGAAGACUUAGUUCCUGCACCACCAAUGAUAGAAAAUAUGUUUUUAGCUUCUCUACCAUUUUAAUUAAUGUAACACAUUAAUAAUAAUAAUAAAAUGAUGCAAAAAUCAUUAGGUUUU